AUUUGACAUAGAUGGACAUGUUACUACAUUUGGGCAUCCAGAGUGGGCGAGGACACACGAAGCUGCCUCUCAGACAUGUCCUGUGGUAUCUGCGCUGGUCGAAGGUGGUGCAACCUGCAUUGGGACUACUGUUGUUGAUGAACUAGCUUUAGGUCUUAGUGGUGAAAAUAAACAUUAUGGAACGCCAACCAAUCCUGCUUUGCCUGCUCGAGUACCAGGCGGCUCCUCCAGCGGUGCUGCUGUUGCUGUGGCUGCCAAUUUGGUUGAUUUUGCCCUUGGUGUUGAUACCGUUGGAGGGGUAAGAGUGCCUGCUGGAUUUUGUGGCAUUUUAGGAUUUCGACCUUCAUAUGGGGCAGUCUCUCAUGUUGGAAGCAUACCUGUUUCAAAAAGCCUGGACACUAUUGGCUGGUUUGCAAGGGAUCCUAAUAUUUUGCGACUUGUUGGGCAUAUACUUAUGCAAGUACCAUAUAUAUUUCAACGCAAUCCACGACAAAUAAUUAUAGCUGAUGAUUGUUUUCAGCAACUAAAUGUCCCUCUCGACAGAAGUUCUCAGUUGGUCAUCAAAUCUGCUGAGAAGCUUUUUGGAAGGCAAGUAUUGAAGCAUAUAAAUCUUGAGGACUAUUUAAGUUCUAAUGUUCCUACUUUGAAAGAGCUCUCCAGUCUCAAAACAAAUGGUGAACUUAAAGUUUCGUCAUUGAAAUCACUUGCAAAUGUUAUGCAGUUUCUACAAAGACAUGAAUUUAGACUUGUGCAUGAGGAGUGGAUAAACACAGUAAAGCCUGAUCUUCAUCCAGCUGUUUCAGCAGAUUUAUAUGAAAAGUUUGAGGUAUCUGAUGUAGAGGUUGAACACUUCAAAUCCAUUAGAAAUGAAAUGCGUGCUGCUGUCAGAUCUCUUUUGAAGAAUGAAGGAAUAUUGGUUAUUCCUACUGGAGCUGAUCCUCCUCCAAAGUUGGGUGGCAAAGAGAUCUCAUCAAAGGACUAUUGGAGUCAUGCAUUUAGUUUGCUAAGUAUUGCUAGCAUAUCAGGAUGCUGUCAGGUCACAAUACCAUUAGGAAUUUACGAAAAGUGUCCUGUUUCGGUGUCCUUAAUAGCUCGGCAUGGUAAUGAUUGCUUUCUACUGGACACACUACAGACCAUGUAUUCUACGCUCCAAGAGCAGGUUGAUAUUGCUGCCAAAAGUAAAUCACCAAGAAAUGUUGUCACUAAGGAAGAAGCUGCUGAAAUUGCGAAAGAAAGGGGAAAUCAAGCUUACAAAGACAAGCAGUGGCAGAAAGCCAUUGGAUUUUAUUCGGAAGCCAUAAAACUGAGCAGCGACAAUGCAACAUACUACAGUAAUAGGGCCCAAGCAUCUCUAGAACUUGGAAGUUACCUCCAAGCUGAGGCAGAUUGUACAAAAGCAAUUAACCUUGACAAAAAGAAUGUCAAAGUGUAUUUUAGAAGAGGUAGAGCUAGAGAGAUGCUUGGCUACUAUACCGAUGCAAUUGAUGAUUUUCAACAUGCCUUGGUACUUGAACUAACCAACAAAAUGGCAUCCUCCGCCGCCGAAAGAUUGAGGAAACUAUUCCAGUAGAUAUAUCAUUCUGUCCACUAUAUGUGAUGGCUUUGGUAAGUCAUCAUCGGCUGCCGAAUGCUUCCAGAAACAUGAAGGUUUUGAACCUACUCAUUUCUUGUUAUAGUAUUCAUACAACAUUGUGUUAGGUGGUGUCAGCAAAAUUAUACUUAUUCUUUGUCCUUUAAGGCAAGAAAAGCUAGUAUUGUUCAAGUUCUACAUCACUAGUGUUAUUGCCAGAAGUAAUAUAAGGUCAUUAGGAUUGUAAUGUACUACAAGUGAUGUGAGGUACAGUGCUCAUGACUAAAGCUCAAUAUUUUGAUUUUGAGACCAUUGGUCUUCGAAUUUUACAAUAAAAGCACUCACUAUUGAUGUUUGAA